AUGUUUCUCAACAACAUUGGUGCAUCAUUUAGUUUCAUCCAACCACCACGACCCGACCCGAAACAUGAAACCCGAAUCAUCUUUCAUUGCCGGCGUGAUCCUCCACCGUCUCCGGCGAAAGUACAUUGGAAAAAGAGAAACGUAAAGCCACAAUCUAUAUGCACCGCCGAUGAGCUUCACCGUGUCACUGUUCCAAACUCCGAUUGGAAACUUGCUCUUUGGCGCUACCUUCCUUCUCACAAGGCUCCUUUGAGGAAUCAUCCGCUUUUGUUGUUAUCAGGGGUGGCUACGAAUGCUAUUGGCUAUGAUCUUUCUCCUGAGUCUUCAUUUGCUCGGUACAUGUCGGCACAAGGAUUUGAUACAUGGACUCUUGAGGUUCGAGGUGCAGGGUUGAGCACAUAUGGAAACAACUUGGAAAAAGAUGAGGAGCGUCUCACGAAUUCGUCUGAGAUUGAUUCUGCAAUUAAUGACAGUAAAAGUAGUGCUUUUGAAAGAGCAUUGGAAUUUAAGAAGCCGGGCGCUUCCUUUGAUUCAGAAGCUAAAUUUGAUGAAUCACGGCCAAUGGCGAGGUUGAUGGAGGUUCUUACAGGGAUGUCUGAAAGGCUUUUAAGCUUUCUCAGUAGCGAUUUGUCGAAAGGGAGACCCAACUCUGCAAUUGUUAGUCAGAUCAAGGAUUUCAAUCGGAGACUUCAAACCCUGAUCAAAGGUCAACAAAUUUUCCCACAGCAGAUUUUAGAGUUGCCGGACCGUUUUACUAGCACUUUAGAAGAAUUUCAGAAACAGCUUGAGUUGAUUGUCAAAUAUGAUUGGGACUUUGAUCAUUAUCUUGAAGAGGAUGUACCUGCCGCGAUGGAGUAUAUAAAGGCUCAAUGCCAACCAAGAGAUGGAAAAUUGCUGGCGAUUGGUCACUCAAUGGGGGGUAUCUUGUUGUAUGCAAUGCUCUCGCGUUGUUGUUUUGAUGGAAAGGAUUCUGCGUUCGCAUCAGUUGUUACGUUGGCAUCAUCGCUUGACUAUACACCUUCAAGAUCAUCUCUCAAAUGGCUCUUACCACUGGCAAAACCUGUUCAAGCUUUAAACGUUCCAGUUAUUCCAGUUGGACCACUGAUUGCUUCUGCAUACCCUCUUGCGAUAAAUCCUCCGUAUGUUUUAUCUUGGCUAAAUUCUCAGAUUUCAGCUCAAGACAUGAUGGAUCAAAAAUUGUUUGAGAAACUUGUUUUGAAUAACUUCUGUACCGUGCCUUCUAAGCUUAUCUUGCAGUUAAAAACAGUCUUACAGAACGGCGGUUUACGCGACAGGAGUGGAACGUUCUUCUACAAGGAUCAUCUCUGCAAAACUAAAGUUCCUGUUUUAGCAAUUGCUGGUGACCAAGACUUAAUCUGUCCCCCAGAAGCUGUAUAUGCAGAAACGGUGAAGCUUAUUCCUGAGGAACUGGUUACAUACAAAGUGUUUGGGGAGUUUGGAGGUCCACACUAUGCCCAUUAUGACUUAGUGGGUGGUCGAUCAGCAGCAGAUCAACUGUAUCCAUGUAUAAUCGAAUUCCUCGUUCAUCAUGACUUGGCUUAA